AUGGAUCUCCAAAAUCGGAUCAAGAAGGCAAACCUCCAAGACCUGAUCGAUAUAUGCGAGCAACUUUCCAAGGAGUGCAGGGGUUUCUCAAACUGUCUCAACACUAGUCCCGUCGUUUUGGCUGCGCUCGCCAAGGAGUGUCGUGCCAUCACCGAUGCGCUUGACAGGUUACACGAACUCAGUCGGACAAUUGAAGGUGGUACAGAAAGCGUGAAAGCGUCGAAUAACGGAUUUGUCUAUUCUGUUUCAAAAGACGUGCAUGAGCUCAGAGCCGCACUGAAACGGAUAAAAGGGCCAGACAGAGAUAGUGGCAUCCAUCUUAACGAACCACAACUCAUAAUUGUCUGGAACGAAGCGGCUUUGAAGGAGUACCUCGCACGACUGCGCACUCACCAAGCGUCUCUUCAUACCCUCCUCAAUACUGCAACUCGGGCUAGCUAUAGCUUCGGGGAAAGUGAUCUGAACAGGCGUCGCGUUAUCGAACCUGACAUUGAGGUAGAUGAAGCCCUGCGAAGCCUCGGUCGAAAGUUCACAGCACCAACUCAACGUUCAAUCGUAUUACCUCGAGUCAGCGAUUCUACGGAGAUACAAAUACUUCUAGAUACGCUUGUGCCACAUCCUGGAAUUGACUAUGUACAAACCAAAGACGUUGCACACGAGCUGCACCACGCCAUCGAACAGACUGAUGAAUCCGCCGUAUUUAACAUCCUGCUUGAACGUGCAGACCCCAACAUAACGCUGGCGGGAUCGAUGCUGUCUCCCCUGCACCGCGCUUUCGAUAAGAAGCACAUGCUGAUCGCUGCAUUUCUAAUCGUUGCCGGCGCCGACGUUGACGAGCCGACAACUGACGGCGAUACAGCAUUGAUGAGAAGUAUCAAAUGUGGUUUUUCGGAACAGUUCGCGAGGCUCGUUAUUCACAUGAAGGUUCGCAUCAAUUCAAUCGAUAAUAAUGGACGAUCAGCACUUCACUUUUCCGCUGCCUCAGAUGUUCUCGAGGACGAGACACUACCGACUCUCAUAAACGCCGGCGCAGAUAUCAACCUUGUCGAUUAUGAGGGGCACACGCCGCUGCAUGUCGCUAUACAACACGCCCACUGGUCUGCAGCGACGAAAUUGGUGCAGGCUGGAGCAGACCUCGAGGUCCGAUUGCCCGAUGGAAAAGCUGCACUGCACCUGACAAUAGCAAUGCGCAACCAAGAAUUUACUCAAGUGCUAAUAUCUCGUGGGGCGAACGUUGACCGUAAGCUUCGUGAGCAUACACCUUUGACAAUGGCCAUCAGCACUCGCUGCACUCCUAUCACAGCUGCACUACUGGAUAUGGGUGCAAAUCCCAAUUUACCAAGUAGGAACGGAAACACGCCUCUUCUCGCAGCAGCAGCUACCGGGCAUGAUGAAACGGUGAGAUAUCUUAUUGCCCAUGGUGCUGAUCCAACAGAAACUCACGGGCAGUCUGGAUACACACCCAUGCACAUGGCGGCGCACAAAGACAAACCUCAUAUCCUCCGACUCUUGGCUGAAUUAGAGGCACCUAUCGACGUUUUGGACAGAAAUGGUGAAACUCCUCUAUUGAUAGCUGCCAAGCUUGGUAAUAGCCAGAGUAUUCUUCGCUUGAUCAACCUGGGUGCCGAUAUCGAACGAGUAGGGCCAGAUGGCAUGAGUGUGCUUUCCCAUGCAGUCAAGAUGGGUGAUGUUGAUCUUGUCACUGCACUCCUAGAGCUAGGAGCUGGGAUGCAAAUGACAUCUAUGUUUCUUUCCAGAGGCAGCAGGGAGUACCUGGUCCCCGAGCCGCAGACGACCCCGAUCCAUGUGGCCGCUCAACACGCUCGGGAUGAGAUUCUACUCCGACUUGUAUCAUACGGGGCAUCUCUCGAGAGCACUAUCUUUCCUGGUCGGACUCCCUUAUCGGUUGCGGCAUCUCAUGGCCAUGUCUCGACAGUCCGGCUUCUUCUUCGACUAGGUGCGAAUACGCAGGCGUUGACUACACACGGCGAUACACUUCUUUUUGAAGCAUCAGCGAACCUAGCAACACUCAAAAUCCUGUUGCAACAGGGAAUUAAUGUUAAUCAUCAAAACGACCGGGGCGCAACCGCCCUCCAUUAUGCGGCUCUUCGUGGGCACAUAGGUGGUGUUCGAAUGUUACUUGAGAAGGGAGCUCGACAGUACCAUGCAAAUGCUGUAUGGGAUGUACGGGAAGAUAGGGAUGGCGCAGGAGGCUAUCGACAGGGAACGCCGGCUGGUAUGGCUAUGCAAAGAGGCUUAGACAACAUCGCGGAGUUCAUUGAGGGAUGGAAAUACAAUUGA